GUCUCUGUUUGCUAGCGAGAUGAUUCCUUCUGUCAUGUCAAAGGCAACAUUAUCAUAUUCUUGUUGCCUGGGAAACCGGUGCUGAGAGAGACAACGACUUAAAUCCUUCAUGGUGUUUGAAGCUCGUGAACAUGAAAGGUUAUCCGUGGAGCGGCGAGAGUCGGAAUCCUAACAUAAAUGAAAGGGUCUCGUUGUUGGAAGCUUUUUAUUUUUUCUGGCUCACUGUUCUCAGAGAUAUUCCCUCUCAGUUCAGGGAAAUUAGAACACGGCUUAUAUAGUCGCAGAGUUAACAUGUUCAAUUUGCCCUGAAGUGUGAAGAUCAAGUUUUAACCUAGAAGCAUUGUUUUCUUUUUGUGGAAUCAAGAGUUUUAAAAGUGUUGACAUUCAACAAGAUGCACAUUUGAUGCGGUUGGAAGGAAGCGAAACCAGCAAUUAUUUACAGAUGAUAUCAACAAAGAAUGUUUCCUUCAGUGUGUUCGUGAUUACAUUCAGUCUCUAAACAAAAUGUAUUUACAGCGUGUAACGGAUUAUGUUUCAUUAAGUGUUUACCACUUUCUAAUAACACACCAUUCAUACAUGGUUUCUACUGUAAACACCUUUAUUAAUGUUUAUUAAUGAUCUAUUAGGGGCUUUUUUGGAUCGGUUACAUUAAGGCCUAAUAAUAAGAACAAUGUUUGGGUUGCCAGGUUUUGACCUUUGGCUGGUGUUUAUCCUCCUUGCCUUCAUUGAGUAUCUUUUACUUGAUUACUUUAUAAGUGCCAUUUUCAAUGCAGGACUUUUAUUUGUAAUAUAGUAUUUUUUCCAGUGUGGUAUUAGUACUUUUACUAAGUAAGUAAAAGAUCAGGAAUUCAACAUUGUUUGUACUAAUGUAAUUCAUUGCAUUUACUCAAAUACUUUACAUAUAUUUGGGCAUACUUUACUUGAGUAUUCCUGUGUUAUGCUGCUUUCUACUCCACUUCAUUUAUUUGACAUUUAUAGUUACUUGAUCUUGAUCGUACACACAUACGUUAGUUUUAGAAACAGAAUAAUAUAAUAUUCUAUAAUAACAUAACACGGUGCAUAACGAGUGGGGUACUUUUGAUACGUUAAGUACAUUUUCCUGAAAAUACUUUUGUAGGCUACUUUAUACUUAAGUGGCAUUUUAAAUAUAAUACUUUUUUUUUUUUUUUUUUCUUGAAAUGGAGUAUUUUUACUUAUUCCACUACUGCAGUUAGACGAGCUGGUGGAUAUUCCUCUCUGACAACAGACGAAUUAAAUCACAGUCCACUCAGAGUGGGUGAUCCAGUUCCACGUCUUAACCCCCAGUGCUCUGUGGAGUGUGGUGACAGUUCAAUCCGACUGGAGCUGCUCCUCCUCCUGGGUUUCCUCCCCGCUCCCACUGCCGCUGGUUGGCUACAUUGUAUCAGUUCCCACACGAAGAACCACCACGACACUCAUCCACAAAACGGUGAAUACGGAGGAAUUAACCUGGAUGGUAAAAGGUUCGCUGUGGGAUUAAUAUCCAAGAAGGUCGCUGGAGGAGACUGGACUUGAGACGGAACCGAUAAAAAAAAUAAAAUGCCCUCCGGACUGUGGUUGUUUUCGAUGAGGACGGUAUCACGAAGUGUGAUGGCAGAAGUCCAGUGAAUCGCUGGCCUCCUCUCUUGUGUUGGAUGUCUUGGGGAGUGCGCUGCCACUGGUUUCUAGUGCUUCAGGUUUCUCUAGAGGUUUUAUUCAAAUUUACACUCUGAUUUGUUCUUUUUUUUAUGGAGUGCACGCCACCAUGGGCAGACCAGGGUUUGGAAUAGGAGUGGCUAGCUAAGUCGGGCAACAUGUGGUUAAAUGGAACAGGAACGAGUAGACCGUGAGGAUUCUCCAACCAUAGCCCCCGUGUCCCAACCGUCUGAGAGGGUGUCGGACCUCACUGAGGCAAUCCUGGGCCGUUGGCACUAAAAUGUCCCUAAGUGGUGGCACUGCAGGCGGGAAAGGUGUGGACUCUAAUGCGGUGGACACUUACGAUAGCGGGGAUGAGUGGGAUAUCGGUGUUGGAAAUCUGAUUAUUGACCUCGACGCUGAUUUAGAGAAGGACAAACUCGAGAUGUCUGGCACCAAAGACGGCAUGGCGGCACCACCCAAUGCAGUGGCGGCGUUGCCCGACAACAUCCGGUUUGUUAGUCCAGUGUCCGGAGCUCAAGGCAAGGAGAGCAAAUCCAAAUACAAGCGCAGUAAGAACUCUAAAGACAAUAGUAGCAAAGCUUCAGCCGGGGACGGCGGCAAAAAGGAAACGGCAGGGCGGACUCAAGGGGAGCCGACGGGCACGGCGGCGAGUGCGGCAGCUGCCGGCAACAAUACCAUCUCUGGGAAGAGCGUGGAAAAAGGGGGCAAGGCCUCCAGAAAUGUGCUGAGUGGUAAAAAGGAGAAAGAAGGGGCCGGCGGGAAAAGCAAGAAGGACAAAACAGACGGAGCCCCGGUCGUGGUCGUGGCGAUAGCGGCUGCCGAGACGGACGUCGUGUCUCAAGCCCAGGUCGCUUUGGGGAAUAGUCGCAAUGCGUCCUUUGAGAACACACAAUCCACAGACUUGGUGGAAGCCAAUCAAAUGGGGAAUAUUGCACUUGAACCGAUAGGGAUAGUACCAGCGCUGACGACAAAAACUGAACCAGAGGAGGUGGAAAACGGUAACGGUGAAUGCAAGACGCUAAAGAAGGUGAAAAAUGAAAAGAUGGAAUCUCCUGUCUCCACGCCAGCUCCUCCCCCCCUCCACCUCCUGGCCACAGUAGGCAACAGUGAGAUUUCCUCGCCGUGUGAGCAGAUAAUGGUGCGCACACGCUCGGUGGCCGUGAACACAUCCGACGUGGCCCUGGCUACCGAACCCGAGUGCUUGGGGCCCUGCGAGCCCGGUACGAGUGUCAAUCUGGAAGGCAUCGUGUGGCAGGAAACUGAAGACGGCAUGCUGGUGGUCAAUGUCACUUGGAGAAACAAGACUUAUGUGGGCACCCUGUUGGACUGCACACGGCAUGACUGGGCCCCCCCCAGAUUUUGUGAAUCCCCAACAAGCGAUCUGGAGAUGAGGAAUGGCCGUGGUCGAGGUAAGCGGAUGAGACCAAAUAGCAACACCCCUAUCAAUGAGAACAGCAACUCAUCAGACAACAAGGGCACCACCAACAACAAGACGCGCGCUGCCUCUAACAGCAAGGGCCGGAGGGGCAGCCAGACGCCAUCAGAGCGCCGCACCCCACCCAACAGCAACACUGAGGACAUCAAGGCCAGCCCCUCCUCAGCUGGAAAACGUAAGAUUAAACCAGCCUCGGAUAUGGAACCCAAUUCCAGCUCAGAGGACACCAAAGGCAACAAACGUAUGCGGACAAACUCCAACAGUGGUGUGGGACCAACAGGUCUCCCUAUUCCUUCUAUUAAGACGGAGCCACUUCCACCUCCUCUCGAUCGCAGCUGCCCCUCUCCAGUUCUUAUUGACUGCCCACAUCCUAACUGCAACAAGAAGUACAAGCACAUCAAUGGUCUCAAGUACCACCAAGCCCGUGCCCACAAUGAUGAUGACAUAAAGUUGGAAAUAGAUGGAGACAGUGAAUAUGGAGAGGACUCAACUCUCCACCCUGAACCAGGGAACUGUAAUGGAGCAUCUAUCUCUCAGAAAGGAUGUUUGUCUCCGGCACGUUCAGUUACUCCAAAAGGCAGGAACUUUGAUGCUCAAAGUCCUUCCCCAUCUCCUGGCAAGUUUGGUUCAAAGCAGAGUAAAAAGAAAUUUGCUGAGACAGAUCCAGAAAUGGGAGGUAUCCCGACGGACGGGUGUGAGGAUGGGCCAUGCCUCACUGAUGAGGCCAGUAACGAUGGUAUAGAUGAUAAGAGAGUAUCAGACAAGUCUAAAAAGGCUGGCACAAAGGCUGAUAAAAUGGCUCAGAAAAACAUGAAGUCACCACGGCCAGUUGGCCCUGGCUCGACAGCAUCCCAGCAGAUGUACCCUUUUCCUCCAGGAAACCCAAAUUCUUCCCCGGGGCUUACCCCAAUGAUACAAGGGAUUCCCAAGAGUCCCCAAAUGAAGGGCACACAGCCUAAACCCCCUGCCAUUGGAGAGCCUCCCUCAAGUAGCUCCAAAGACAAGAAGAAGAAAGACAAGAAGAAAAAAGAUGGUGGGAAGGAGGCUGACAGCCCCAAGCCGCCGGGAAAGGGAGGGAAACUGGAGGAAGGGAAGCUUCCAUACCCUGAAACUUCCGAUCAAGGAAAUAAGGGGGAAGGACUCCUCAAUGGUUCCUCAGAUCCUCACCAGAGUCGCUUGGCCAGUAUCAAGGCUGAGGCUGACAAAAUUUACAGUUUUUCUGACAAUGCCCCUAGCCCAUCCAUUGGUGUAGCCAGUCGAAUAGAUGGCAGUGGUAUGCCACAGCCUCUCACGCCACUUCACGCGGCGAACCAGAAUGGUGCUGACAACUCCUCAGUCAAAACCAAUAGCCCAGCAUAUUCAGACAUUUCAGAUGCUGGUGAGGAUGGUGAAGGAAAAUCUGAUGGUGCCAAAGUCAGAACAGAGGACCAAGCUGUCAGGGAAAGUGUCAAAAAAGCGCUCUUUCCAAACCCGACACCCAGCAAAGAUUCCCCGUACUAUCCCAGCUAUGACACUUAUUACUCACCCAAUUACGUAAACCCCAGUCCUGGUGGGCCCAAUCCAGGCACGCUGGGGGCUGAAGGUCCGAUUAAGAUCAAAAGGGAAGAGGACCAGGACCAAGUUGAGGAAAAAGUCAAAGUUGAGGUUCAUGAAGACCGCAAACCUGACAUCAUUCAACAACAACAACAGCAGCAGCAUCAACCCUCAGUCAUCCAACAGCGAUCUAACAUGUACAUGCAACCUCUUUACUACAACCAGUAUGCUUAUGUCCCUCCAUAUGCAUACCACCCCGAUCAAGCCUACCAUAACCACUUGAUUAACACCAACCCAGCCUACCGGCAACAGUGUGAAGACCGGCAGCGACAGAUGGCUGAACAGCAUCGUGCUGAGAAGAAGUCAGACGUUGCUUUAAAAGAACGAGAAGCCUCCAUGAAGGAGGAGUGGAAACAAAAGAGCCCAAUGCCGCCAAGCCUCUCCAAAGCCCCAAGUCAGUCGGACCUUGGAAAGACAUCGCAGCCCCCAAGCAAAUCCAGGGACUCGCCCUCUGAGCCCUCCUCCAAAUCCCUCGGAAGCAUAAAGGGGGACGACCCAAAGUCCCAGCAAGCUGAGGGGCUAAAGAUGAAGCUGACUGAAGGGGGCCACCACGGAAAGGAAGACUCCAAGCAAGCGCUGGAGUCCAGGGGUCAGGCAGGGAUGGAGCAAGCCAUGUGGUACAGACAGUACCCCGAGAGCCAGAAGCCCCAAGCAGAAGACGAACACCAGCAACAACAACCUCGAUGGAAAGAUGAAAGGGACAGAGAGCGGGAACGCGACCGGAAAAUAAAGGAUGACCGGCCCAGGCCCAAGGACAGUCAAAGUGGGCUAAAGGAGGACGGCAAAGAGGGCAGUGAUCCCAGAAUCACUUCUGAGGACCAUCGGGUCAUGAGCAAAGACUCUCGUUCUAAUCCCCACAUGCAGUUCUCAUCACCACUUGCACAGCACCAAGGCUACAUGCCCUACAUGCAUGGUUACCCCUAUGGACAAGGCUAUGACCCCAACCACCCCGGAUACAGGGGCAUGCCCUCGGUCAUGAUGCAGAACUACCCAGGUUCGUACCUUCCUGGAGGCUAUCCGUUUUCUCCAUAUGGCACCAAAAUAGCCGGAGGUGAAGAAAGCGGAGACAAAUCUCGUGCCAGCCCCACUGUCACCAAAACGGCAGCGGACUCCAAAGCGCUGGAUAUCCUGCAUCAGCACGCCAGCCAAUACAAGAGCAAAUCCCCCACAGUAGGUGACAAGCCACCCCACGAGAGGGAGAGGGAGCAGGACCGAGGAGCCGGGGGAGACAGAGAUCGGGAGAGGGAGCGAGAGAGAGACGUGGACCGACCACGCUCCUCGCCCUCGCAGCGCAUCAUGCCCUCUCACCACCACCUGGGAUACCCGCUGCUCUCGGGCCAAUAUGACCUGUCCUACGCCACAGGUCUCUCCUCGUCAGCUAUUGUUGCCAGCCAACAAGCAGCAACCCCCUCCCUCUACCCACCACCGCGGAGGUGAGAACGGGAAACCUGACCGUCACACCUCAACCCUGCAAAGAUUCAUGUGACUGGCUCACAUGAGAUGGAGAUCUCCCGGGAGUUACCUUUUAGACAUCAGUUGAAUGGUGUUUCUAUACUUUUAGUUCUUCUGCCCCGAGGCUAGGCAGACUGUCUCUUUUUUUUUUUUUUUUUGUCCUACCCUCGUAAAUGAGCCCAAAUUUCCCCAAACCUUGGACUGAAACAGGACUGAUAGUAACCCAGGUUCAAAGCCAUCACUCUGCUGCACCACGCAGAGGAAACACCAACCCGCUGAUUAUCUAGUCUUUGCACUGUCAACAAAUACAAUGCAAAAAGAGACUAUUGGACUGCCAGAACAGCUUUUUGUUGUUGUUUUUAUUUCUUUCUUUCUCUGACUGCAUUGUUUUUUUUUUGUCAAACGCAGAAGGAAAUUGGCAGCGGACUAUGAUGAGUUGGGUGGCUGACGGGAAAGGGGAGUCAAACUAAAUAAAAGACUGAAAAGAAAAAGAGAAUCAUAUUGAAAUGAUUUCAACUCUGUCUUUGGCUUAUUGUAUGCCGUGAAACAACAGUAUAUACUUGACACAUGUUUGGCUAUAUUUCGGGGGGGAGGGGGAAUAUGGCGACAGCUGCUUUCUUCAGAGACUGGAGAGCCUGAGACUGAAGUUUUUCAUUUUCCAUCAUCAUUGUCAGUCCCCAUCCUCUUUGAACCCUCAGUUCUUGUUUCAGGGAUGAUGUCGUCAUGUUUUUUUUUUGCAAAGGGGACCGCACACACCUCAAUGGAGAAUAAACACUAUUCAUGUUUUCUUUUCUUGGUAAUGCUCCACCUCUACUCCAUAUCAUUGUGCUCAUCCUUGAAUGUGUCUGAUGCUGGUAUGAGUCCUGUUUUCCCCUCACAAUGAACGGGUCACAUCCGUCGUUACACUCAAACGGUGAAGCCACAUCAGCAAGCGAUGAAUUCACGUGUUGUUUUUCUCUCUGAAUGAUUGUGCUUCAUUCAGCUCGUCUCUUUCAGUUGUUUUCUGUAAACAGUGUGAAACUUCAUUCAACUCAUGUAUUUCUCUGCUGUAAUAUAGACUUUUAGCCUACUUUUCUGUGCAUAAAUGUUUAUAUUUAUCCCGGCACGCAACUGCUUCAGAACUGCCACUGUUAAAUAGCUUUCGGCCUUCGCAGCGUUUCACAAUAUGUGCUCAGAUCGUUGUUUCCUGGACGUCUGGCUGUGCUUCUUCUUUGCUUGUCUUGCUGCACUUUUUGAUUUUUCAUUCUUUUGGCUUCUACAACGCAUCACAAGCUUGCUCCGCACCUCACAAUCAUCCCAACACGCUGUCCACAUCUUUUUCAGUGAUUCAAACAAAAACAAACAAAAAAAAGUCAAAAGGGCGAAGAUUUCUCUUGGUGCUUCACUUGCUCAUGUGGCUUCACCAUAAACACAUAUUCACCUCGGACGGUUAGCAUGGGUUUCUUACAAGCGGCUAGCUUGAGGAUCAGCUGGGCUAAUGACACCUCAGACGAUCAGCUUUCUUUGUUCAGUUGCUGUCUGUGCCGUUACAUCAACACACUGGCACACGAAAGCAUGAAAUGACCUCAAUGUUGAAUGAAAGUGAAAUGUCACACGAAACCAAUGCGACGCAGACUAUGAACUUAAAAGGACAAGUGUGUAGGAUUCAGUGGCAUCUAUCGCAACCAACUGAAUACCCCCGCCCUCUCCAAGCGCGUGGAAGAACCUACGGUGGCCUUCAGGUGCAUUCGCGCCACCAAAUUCAAGCUUCCACAGCGUAAAAAAAAAAACCCAGGAAAGGCCCUUUUCUAGAGCCUGUGUUUGGUUUGUCCGUUCUGGGCUACUGUACAAACAUGGCUCCCUAUGAAGACAUGAAGGGCUCGUUCUAAGCUAACAAAAACACAAUGGCUCUUAGUUUAGCAUACUAAUGAGUAUUAUUGCUGCUAAGAUCCCCCUCAAUCAUAUGCACUGGUCCUUUUUAAGCAAGUGAAAGGUGACCCUGAUCCCGCACA